ACCCCUCUGUACUCCAUUAGUUACAAAAAUUCCUUCAUUUUCCAAACACAUUUGUAUCUUAUAAAACAUUGAAAGUGAGAUUUUAGUCAAUUGGCUAAUCCUUUAAAUUACUCAAUUUUAUAAAACCACCUAAUUUUCUUUUAAAGGAUUACCAAACCACCCAAAUUACAUAUAAAUCACAAUCACCCUCUUUUCUUAAUCAUCAACAAAUCAAGAACAUUUUCUUGUAUCCAAAAUGAAAAACCCAACUCUCACUCUAGCCCUUUUUGUCAUCUUCUCUGUCAUAUUCCUCUCUAAACCUUCAUACCAAGCUUCUUAUCCUCCACCCAAUAUCACAAAUCCUAGACUUCAAAAGGCCUACACAGCUCUCCAAGCAUGGAAACAACAUAUAACCUCAGACCCAAAUAACUUCACCUCCAACUGGUGUGGACCUGAUGUCUGUCACUACACCGGAGUUUACUGUGCACCAGCCCCACAUGACCCUCACACCCUCACAGUCGCCGGCAUAGACCUAAAUCACGCCAACAUAGCUGGUUCAUUGCCCGAAGAGCUCGGCCUUUUGACAGACUUAGCUCUGUUCCAUAUAAACUCAAACCGCUUCUGUGGUUCAAUCCCAUAUGGUUUUUCCAAUCUCCAUCUUCUUCACGAGCUCGAUAUCAGCAACAACAAGUUUUCAGGCCAGUUUCCUUGCGUUUUCCUUUCAAUCCCUUCGCUUAGAUACUUGGAUAUCAGAUUCAACAGCUUCUAUGGUGACAUUCCCUCUGCUCUGUUCGAUCUGAAACUCGAUGCUCUGUUCAUCAACAACAACAAGUUCCAAUCUUCAUUGCCCAAAAACAUAGGGAAUUCACCUGUUUCAGUGAUUGUAUUGGCUAAUAAUGAUCUCGGAGGUUGUUUGCCUUCGAGUUUGGGAAAUAUGAAGAAAACACUGAACGAGAUUAUCAUCAGCAACAGUGGGAUCACAGGGUGUUUGCCAUGUGAAAUAGGAUUGCUUGACAAAGUGACUGUGUUAGAUGUGAGCUUUAAUAAACUUGGGGGUUCUUUGCCUGAAUCUUUGGCAGGCAUGAAAAGCUUGGAGCAGCUGAACAUAGCUCACAACAUGUUCUCAGGGGAGAUUCCUGAUGGCAUAUGUUCUUUGCCAAGGUUGGAGAAUUUUACUUACUCUUUCAACUACUUCUGUCGUGAAUCUCCGGCGUGCCUGAAGUUGCCGGAAAAAGAUGACAGAAAGAAUUGUAUUCCUUAUAGACCAUUUCAGAGGUCACAGCAAGAAUGUGCCUCUUUCUAUGCUCAUCCUGUUGAUUGUGGUGCCUUUGGUUGCUCUCCUAGAAGUCCUCCGCCGCCACCACCGCCAUCACUGCCGCCGCCGCCACCAGAGCAGCAUUUUUAGUAUCCUGGAACAUAUACAUAUAUUCCAAGUGAAAUGAUCUUUUUUUUCUCUUUUUUACUGUACUGAUAAUGAUGUAGUCUCUCAGGUAGUCAGGAUAUUAAUGUAGUAUAAUAAUGUACGGAAUACACCCAAUUGAUAUUGGACACUUCUUUUUUCUUUUA